GUUGGGGUUUUUUACGACACUGUUUUACGACACUGCACAGUUCGUCAUCGCUCUGGAUCAAGAUGGCCUCGUCGUUCUGGAAAGGUGUUGUCGGCGUCGGACUUUUUGCCUUAGCUCAUGCAGCUUUCUCUGCAGCACAGCAUCGAUCGUACAUGCGACUCACAGAGAAGGAAAACGAGACAUUACCAAUUGACAUUGUAUUACAGACCUUGUUAUCGUUUGUGAUGACCUGUUAUGGUAUCGUUCACAUCGCUGGAGAGUUCAAAGACAUGGACGCCUCCUCAGAGCUCAAAAACAAAACAUUUGAUACACUGAGGAACCACCCAUCCUUUUACCUUUUCAAUCACCGGGGUCGGGUUCUAUUCCGCUCGCCCGAGGAGGAACCCUCCUCAGUACGCAACCAGCAAGCUCUUCCCAACCCCAUCCGGCUACGCAAGCUGGAGCAUUUGCACUGAGACUGGCCUUUCUUGUCUGUAACAUCAU